AUGAAUGCGGAAAUUGCGAAACUGAUGAUUGUGGAUACAGCAGGCUUUGCUUUUUCUGUUGCGGCGGUAGGCAAAGCACUUGAGAAUGAGAAGGCAAGGUCUCAAGAUUACGACUAUUACGACCCUGAUUACCCACCGCUUUGUCCUAAUGGAAAAAUGGACGAGUAUACCAUUGAUGAUUUCAUUGUAAGAAAUCUCAACGUCAACUAUCGUCUACAGCUUCUAAAAGGAGUUGAAAAAAUCGGAACUACAAUGCCAAAAGGGAAAGUGAUGAAAGCUUUGCAAUGGGAUUGUGAUCUCGAGCAAGCAGCUAUCAACGCUUUACCUGCUAACUGUCCGGAAGACAAACCGGUUGCUCUCGCAAAUAAAACCGGAAUCUUUUACAGUUUGAACAUUGGAAUCCAACCCGACAUUCUCACGGCUAUGGACUUUUGGACGUCCGAGAAGAAGAAAGUCUCAGUAAAUGUAGACGGCACUGCAGUAAGAUAUGUUAACUCGAGCGUGACUAAUUAUCUCAAUCUUAUGCGAUCAACAGCAUCAAAAAUCGGAUGCGCGGAACACACAUGCAAGGAAGGCGAUCUCUACAAAUUCAGGGCUUACUGCAUCACCAAUGCGCCGUUAGCUCAUAACAUUUCCGUCCACGUAAAAACUGAAAAUCGUUUGAAUUCUUCCAGUCCACUCCAAAACAACGAUGUCAUGUAUGAAGUCGGAAAUGGUGGUUGCUUGAAAGGUGACAACUGUCCAACUGGCAGCAACUGCGUCACUUUUGGACUUUGCAAGGACAUUUAG